AUGGUUUUAGUGAUUCAAGAGGAACUAAAAAUCGUAUGUUGUAAAAGGACUGAAGAUGGUUUGAUGGUUUAUGAUUUAAAUGAAUUAAAAAUUGGUGAUGGUGGAGGUAAGUUUGAAUUAUUAAAAUUUAAAACUAAUGAUAAAUUUUCAAAAAACAGGUUAUUGAUUGUAUUUAUGAAAGCAGCAUUUCUUGUUGAACAAAUGGAAAAUAGUAAUAAUAACUCCAACUAG